AAAAAACAUCCUAAGAACUCUAGAAAAUAAAACAAUUAGAAGUCCAACUUUAUAUUAUGGCUUCAUUAAGCAGUACUAAACAAGUUGGAAAGGGAAUGGAAAAUGGUAGUGAGCCAACGCCUUUGGAAAAGCAUGUCAUGUUCUUUGAUACCAACCAUGACGGCAUCAUUUAUCCCUGGGAAACUUAUCGAGGUUUUCGAAGAAUUGGAAGUGGAUUUCUCCUCUCAGUUGGUAUUACCAUUUUCGUACACGUUUUACUCAGUUCCAAAACUAGACCAGGAAAAUGGCCUUCUCCUCUCUUCCCCAUUGUGAUUAAUAACAUUAAACUUGGCAAGCACGGUAGUGAUACUGGUGCAUAUGAUAGCGAGGGAAAGUUUGUUCCAUCAAAAUUUGAAGAAAUUUUCAACAAACAUGCACGAAUUGACCCCAACGCCUUAACGUGUGCGGAAGUGAACGAAUUACUUCGAGAUGACAGAGAACCUAAAAACUAUCUUGGAUGGAUUGGUGCGAUAUCUGAGUGGAAAGUUUUGUAUCUACUUGCCAAAGACGAUAAAGGAAUGCUCCCCAAAGAUAAAGUAAGAGGUGUUUAUGAUGGAAGCCUAUUUGAACAAAUGGCGAAGGACCACGCUUCAAAGCAUAAAUAAGUGAAGUCUAUCACAUAAAAAGGACUCCCCAGUCCCCAUAAUGAUUGGUGAUGCUAUAGUAAAUGCUGGCGUACCUUUUACAAUGUAUAAAUUCAAAGCAUGAUUAUGUAAUUUUAUGUGUAAUGUAAUACAAACUCUUUAAAGUACAAAAUUAAAUAACAUAUGAAAUAAAUGAUUGCA